CUUUAAAAAAGCACUGGCUCUUGGUGCCUUCUCUGGUAUAUCCAGGAGAUUUUAUAUGGUCGUGUCUCAAAAAAAUAAGGUUUUCAUGAAUGUUCCCUUCUCCUUGGAUUUAGAAAAUAGUUGGGGAAGUCUUUGGAGCUGUGAAAAUCCAAACGGCCAUUGCUGCUUCUUCCCGGGGUGGUCGGUGGACAACGCUUCAAUAGCGGCCUUGAAUUAAGAACUAACCACACUUGGCUUCAGCCUUCCCGGGGCUAGGUCCACGCUGUGAACCCAGCAAGCCUCAGUACAUGUAGUACGCGGAGUGCUGGAAUGGAUACAAAGAGCAAGGCAUGGCCUUCGCCCUGAAAACAGCUGAUAGACGAAAUCAGAAAAGUUAGCUGCCCUGAGUGAAAAAUACCCAGUGGCAGAUUUUAGCCGGGGCCACUCUCAGUGCCUCAUUCUUCUUGGGUCUACGUAAGUGGAAGGUCUUUUCCAGGGACUAAGAUGCAGGCUUGCACUUACGGUGGCCCUCACGGCUGGGCGCCAGCAAAGCCCCCUCUCCCAGCUCUUUGUUAGGAAGCCCGCACAUCCCCUCUUCAUUCCAUCCCCAUUGGACGCCCGAGCCUCCUAGGGCUUUCUCCCACUGCCUGCCCUUCCCCUCGCCAGGUAGGAACCCCGAGAUACGGAGGCUCACCCAACCAGCUGCAAAUUGCUGGCAAGGAGCUCAUUCGCGGGGAGCAAAUUCUUUAUCACAGCCAGAAAGCGAGGCAGAGGGAGAGAUGUCACCUGAAAUGCCAGCAGUGUGCUCUGGAGGGCCGCCCUCCCCCCUCACCCCUCAGCACAUCUUCCUUCUCCGACCUGUCGUCUCCCUUGUCGUCACCGAGCGCCGCGCCCACGGCUCCCCCACAAGGACCCCCUCUCCCCCGACACCGCGCCUUCCCCUGCCGCCAGGGUGGCCUGCCGCCCCCUCCCCGCCUCAUCCCCGGGGCUCCGCCGGCGACGACGGUUGGCCGGGGCGCCGGGGUGGCUGCAGGAUGGAGGUGGAGGUGGAGGUGGGGGUGGAGCCGCCCGCCCCCCGCCUCCUCCGCGCUCCCAUCGCGUGGGCGCGCCCGCCACCGAACCGCUCCCGCGCCGGCAUGGACCUCGCCGCGGCCGCCGACGCCGAGACCCCCGCGCGCCCGGGCGCCCCCCGCUGGCGCGGCUGUCUGCGGGGCCUGCGGGGCGCGCUGCCGCCCAACGUGCGGCGGGAGGCGGCCGAGCUGGCGGCGCUCGCGGGCCCCGUGUUCCUUGGACAGUUGAUGAUCUUUCUGAUUAGCAUCGUCAGUUCCAUAUUCUGUGGACAUCUGGGGAAGGUCGAGCUGGAUGGUGUCACGCUCGCUAUAUCGGUCGUGAAUGUUACUGGGAUUUCGGUUGGAACUGGCUUGGCCUCUGCUUGUGACACGCUGAUGUCUCAGUCCUUUGGAGGCAAGAACCAAAAACGCGUGGGGAUCAUACUUCAAAGAGGAAUCCUCAUCUUGAUGCUGUGUUGCUUUCCCUGCUGGGCCAUCUUCAUCAAUACCGAGCAUAUCCUCCUGCUCUUAAAACAGGACCCCGAAGUCUCCAGGAUAGCCCAGAUGUAUGUGAUGGCUUUUAUUCCUGCCCUUCCUGCGGUAUUCCUGUUCCAGCUGCAGACACGAUAUUUACAAAGUCAGGGCAUCAUCAUGCCUCAAGUUAUUACUGGGAUUGCAGCAAAUAUCAUCAACGUGGGCAUGCAUGCCCUCCUGCUCUAUGCCCUGGACCUUGGAGUACUAGGAUCUGCCUGGGCAAACACCACGUCCCAGUUCUUCCUGUCUGGUCUUCUUUUCCUGUACAUAUGGUGGAAAAAAAUCCACAUCGACACUUGGGGAGGUUGGACUGGGGACUGUUUCCAGGAGUGGGACUCCUACAUCCGGCUGGCUGUUCCCAGUAUGUUCAUGUUGUGCAUCGAGUGGUGGACCUUUGAGAUCGGAACCUUCCUUGCAGGACUGAUUAAUGUGACAGAACUUGGAGCCCAGGCCAUCAUUUAUGAACUGAUCUCUGCAGCCUACCUGGUGCCCCUUGGCUUUGGUGUGGCAGCCAGUGUUCGCGUGGGCAAUGCUCUGGGGGCCGGGCAUGCUGAGCAGGCUCGGCACGCCUGCAUCACCGUUCUCCUGUGUGCAAGUGUUGGUGCACUUGUAGUGGGUGUUUCACUUGCAGCUUUGAAGGAUGUGGUUGCCUAUGUAUUUACCAGUGACAAAGAUAUUGUUUCCCUUGUGAGCCAAGUGAUGCCUGUUUUUGCUCCCUUUCAUCUAUUUGAUGCACUUGCAGGCACCUGUGGUGGAAUCCUGAGAGGUACAGGAAAACAAAAGAUUGGCGCUAUCUUGAAUGUCGUUGGUUAUUAUGUGUUUGGUUUUCCCAUUGGAGUAUCUCUGAUCUUUGCCGCUAAACUUGGGAUAAUAGGUCUCUGGUCUGGAUUGAUAGUCUGUGUCUUCUUUCAAGCCGUUUUCUACAUGGUGUACAUCUUCAGGAUAGACUGGAAUCGAGUGGCAGAGCAGGCACAGGUUCGAGCUGGGCUGAAAGGAAUUAGAGAGACGGCGCGUCCCCCGACAGUAACAUCCCUUUACACAACCCAGUACGGAAGUAAAUAUCCUGCUGUUCUCUGGACACAGAUCUACCGAGCCUGAGUAAAGAAGUAACCGACGGAGUGAUUUUACCUGAUGUCAUCAGACCGGAGAGCCAGACCACCCAACUGAUGAUAAUUGAAGAAAACAACCAGAAUGCAAUGCCCACCAUUGGAGAUGUUUUGACAAGGAGCCAGUUGAUUUUC